UUCUUUACUUCACCAAAAAUUCUUCAAUCAAUUUAAUUAUAAUUUUUUUAAAAAAACAAAUGGUACAUUCAAAGAAGUUUAGAGGUGUGAGGCAACGCCAUUGGGGUUCUUGGGUUUCUGAAAUUAGACACCCCUUGUUGAAACGAAGGGUAUGGUUAGGGACAUUUGAUACCGCUGAAGAAGCAGCAAGAGCAUAUGAUGAAGCAGCAAUAUUAAUGAGUGGAAGAAAUGCAAAAACUAAUUUUCCAAUAACACAAGAUUUGGAUAAUAAUAAAGAUGUAAAGGCUAAAUUAGAUCAAGAAUCACCAUCAUCAUUUUCAUCACCAAAAGCUUUAUCUGAAAUACUUCAUGCCAAGUUGAGGAAAUGUAGCAAGGUACCAUCACCAUCUCUCACUUGUUUAAGAUUGGAUAUUGAAAGUUCACACAUAGGAGUUUGGCAAAAACGUGCUGGCCCUUCUUCUGAUUCAAAAUGGGUAAUGACAGUUGAACUUCAAAAGAAAAAUAAUCCCAAAAAUAUUAAUGUUCAUGAAGGAGAAUUAAAUAAUGAUAAUAAUAAUAAUUCCAAGAAUAAUUGUGGUGAAAUAGUUGAAGGUAUAAGUAUUAGAAGUGAAAUGGAUGAAGAAGAAAGAAUUGCUUUGCAAAUGAUUGAAGAAUUGCUUCAAAGAUGAUAAGAAGGAAAUAAAAUCGCGAUGGACAACUUCUGUUGCUAAACAACAAAAAUCUGUUGAUGUUGAUCCUAUUUAACGAUGGAUUAUCUAACGGUGGAUUUCAAAGCUAAUUUCUAUUUCUAUAGUAGAUAACUUACAUUGUCUAAUGUUUGCUUAAUUAUCAUGUAAUGUGUGAUUAAUUUUAUGUUAUUAGUUUGAUUUCUAAUAAUAAUUUGGGCUAGAAAAGGGCCUAUGUAAGUAGUAUUUUUAUUUUUAUUUUAUAGAAAGAAACAAGUUACUAAAGUUGUAU